AUUAUGAAUGUUAGAUAAAAAAAAAAAAUAGAAAACACUUGGAAAUACAGUAUCAGUCAAAAUGGCUAGUGACUCGAAAGCGCCUUUAAAAAAUGUCAAAAGGGUACAAUUUGGGAUAUUAUCCCCAGAUGAAUGUAGACGUAUGUCAGUCACAGAAGGUGGUAUCCGUUUUGCAGAAACAAUGGAAGGAGGUAGACCAAAACUUGGGGGUCUGAUGGAUCCUCGACAAGGAGUAAUUGAUAGAUUUUCAAGAUGUCAAACAUGUGCAGGUAACAUGACUGAAUGUUGUGGCCAUUUUGGUCAUAUUGAACUUGCUAAACCUGUAUUUCAUAUUGGAUUUAUUCCUAAAGUCAUAAAAAUAUUACGAUGUGUAUGUUUUUAUUGUUCUAAACUUCUUGUGAGCCCAACUCAUCCUAAAGUAAAAGAAAUUGUUAUGAAAUCUAAAGGACAACCAAGAAAAAGAUUAGUUUUCAUAUAUGAUUUAUGUAAAGGAAAAAAUAUUUGUGAAGGAGGUGAUGAGUUAGAUAUAAACAAAGAUAAUGUUACCGAUCCUAAUAUGCCACCAAAAAAACAAGGUCAUGGUGGUUGUGGUCGUUACCAACCUAAUAUUCGGCGUGCUGGUUUAGAUUUAACAGCUGAAUGGAAACAUGUCAAUGAAGAUUCUCAAGAGAAAAAAAUACCUCUUACUGCUGAACGUGUUCAUGAAAUUUUAAAGCAUAUAACUGAUGAAGAAGUUGUUAUAAUGGGUAUGGAUCCAAGAUUUGCACGUCCUGAUUGGAUGGUACUAACUGUUCUUCCAGUUCCACCUUUACCUGUUCGACCUGCAAUAGUUAUGUUUGGAUCAGCUAGAAACCAAGAUGAUUUAACUCACAAAUUAGCUGAUAUAAUAAAGUGUAACAAUGAAUUAAUCCGUAAUGAGCAGUCAGGUGCUGCUACCCAUAUUAUAUCUGAAAACAUAAAAAUGUUGCAAUUUCAUGUAGCUACAUUAGUGGAUAAUGAUAUGCCUGGAUUACCUAGAGCUAUGCAAAAAUCUGGAAAGCCUCUAAAAGCAAUUAAAGCUCGUUUAAAAGGUAAAGAAGGAAGAAUUCGUGGUAAUUUGAUGGGGAAACGAGUAGAUUUUUCUGCUCGAACUGUUAUUACACCUGAUCCAAAUUUACGGAUUGAUGAAGUUGGUGUUCCUCGUACUAUUGCUCAAAACAUGACAUUUCCAGAAAUUGUUACUCCAUUUAAUAUAGAUCAGAUGCUUGAAUUAGUGCGACGUGGUAAUUCUCAAUAUCCUGGUGCUAAGUAUAUCAUUCGGGAUAACGGAGAGAGAAUUGAUUUGCGUUUUCAUCCUAAACCUUCAGAUUUACAUUUGCAAUGUGGUUACAAAGUUGAAAGACAUAUAAAGGAUGGUGAUUUAGUAGUUUUUAACCGUCAACCUACUUUACACAAAAUGAGUAUGAUGGGACAUCGUGUAAGAGUUCUUCCUUGGUCUACAUUUCGUAUGAAUUUGAGUUGUACAUCACCUUACAAUGCUGAUUUUGACGGAGAUGAAAUGAAUCUUCAUGUCCCACAAUCAAUGGAAACAAGAGCUGAAGUAGAAAAUAUUCAUAUUACUCCAAGACAAAUUAUUACACCUCAAGCAAAUAAACCUGUUAUGGGAAUCGUACAAGAUACCCUAACAGCUAUAAGAAAAAUGACCAAAAGAGAUGUUUUUCUAGAAAAAGAACAAAUGAUGAACUUAUUGAUGCACUUACCAAUUUGGGAUGGGAAAAUGCCAACUCCAUGUAUUUUAAAACCUAAACCAUUAUGGACUGGAAAACAGUUGUUUUCUUUAAUUAUUCCAGGUAAUGUUAAUAUGAUACGUACUCAUUCCACACAUCCUGAUGAUGAAGACAAUGGUCCAUACAAAUGGAUAUCUCCUGGAGACACUAAAGUUAUGGUAGAACAUGGUGAACUAGUUAUGGGAAUAUUGUGUAAAAAGACACUUGGUACUUCAGCCGGUUCAUUACUUCAUAUUUGUAUGUUGGAAUUAGGACAUGAAGUGUGUGGUCGAUUUUAUGGUAACAUUCAAACUGUAGUAAAUAAUUGGCUAUUAUAUGAAGGGCAUUCCAUUGGUAUUGGUGAUACAAUUGCUGAUCCUCAAACUUAUUUAGAAAUUCAAAAAGCUAUUAAAAAAGCUAAAGAAGAUGUCAUAGAAGUUAUUCAAAAAGCUCACAAUAUGGAUCUUGAGCCAACACCUGGUAAUACUCUGAGACAGACUUUUGAAAAUCAAGUAAACCGAAUUUUAAAUGAUGCUCGUGACAAAACUGGAGGUUCAGCUAAAAAAUCAUUAACAGAGUAUAAUAACCUUAAAGCUAUGGUGGUAUCAGGAUCUAAAGGAUCUAAUAUUAAUAUUUCUCAGGUUAUUGCUUGUGUGGGUCAACAAAAUGUAGAAGGUAAACGUAUUCCGUUUGGUUUCCGAAAACGUACUUUGCCCCAUUUCAUUAAAGAUGAUUAUGGACCAGAGUCUAGAGGUUUUGUUGAAAAUUCGUACCUUGCUGGACUAACACCUUCAGAAUUCUUUUUCCAUGCUAUGGGAGGUCGUGAAGGUCUUAUUGAUACUGCUGUAAAAACUGCCGAAACUGGUUAUAUUCAACGACGAUUGAUAAAAGCUAUGGAAUCUGUAAUGGUACAUUAUGAUGGAACCGUUCGUAAUUCUGUAGGCCAGCUAAUUCAAUUGCGUUAUGGUGAAGAUGGGUUAUGUGGUGAAGCAGUAGAAUUUCAAAGUAUUGCUACUAUAGAACCAUCUCAUAAGAAGUUUGAAGAAGAAUUUAAGUUUGAUGCUUCAAAUGAAAGACAUAUGAGAAAAAUAUUUACCGAAGAUGUACUCAAAGAUUUAAUGGGGAGUAAUGAUACAGUAGCGGAAUUAGAAAAAGAGUGGGAACAAUUAAAUAAUGACAGAGAUACACUUAGAGAGAUAUUUCCAUCGGGUGAAAGUAAAGUGGUAUUACCUUGCAAUCUUAAACGUAUGAUAUGGAAUGUACAAAAAAUCUUCCAUAUAAACAAGAGAGCUCCUACAGAUUUAAAUCCCAUCAAAGUGUUACAUGGAGUGAAAGAGCUAUUGGAUAAAUGUAUAAUUGUAGCUGGCCAAGAUCAAUUAAGUAGACAGGCUAAUCAGAAUGCUACUCUGUUGUUUCAAUGUUUAGUACGCUCUACCUUGUGUACCAAAUUGGUUUCAGAAAAAUUCCGUUUAUCUUCUGAAGCAUUUGAAUGGUUAGUUGGUGAAAUUGAAAACAGAUUCAAACAAGCUCAGGCUGCACCUGGAGAAAUGGUGGGUGCUUUGGCUGCUCAAAGUUUAGGAGAACCUGCCACUCAAAUGACAUUGAACACUUUCCAUUUUGCUGGUGUUUCUUCGAAAAACGUAACCCUUGGAGUGCCUAGAUUAAAGGAAAUUAUUAACAUUAGUAAAAAACCAAAGGCUCCUUCUUUGACUGUGUUCUUAACGGGUGCAGCAGCUAGGGAUGCAGAAAAAGCAAAAAAUGUUUUGUGUCGUUUGGAGCAUACAACUUUAAGAAAAGUAACAGCAAAUACUGCUAUUUAUUAUGACCCUGAUCCACAAAAUACUGUGAUUAGAGAAGACCAAGAAUUUGUUAAUGUCUAUUAUGAAAUGCCUGAUUUUGACCCUACUAGAAUUUCACCUUGGUUAUUGCGUAUUGAAUUAGAUCGAAAAAGGAUGACAGAUAAAAAAUUAACUAUGGAAGCAAUAUCUGAAAAAAUAAAUGCUGGCUUUGGAGAUGAUCUCAAUUGUAUAUUUAAUGAUGAUAAUGCGGACAAAUUAAUUUUACGUAUACGUAUAAUGAAUGGUGAAGAUGGUAAAAUGAAUGGAGGUGAUGAUGAAGAUACUGUUGACAAAAUGGAAGACGAUAUGUUCCUUAGAUGUAUUGAAGCUAAUAUGUUAUCUGAUAUGACUCUACAAGGUAUAGAAGCUAUAGCAAAAGUUUAUAUGCAUCUACCUCAAACUGAUGCUAAAAAAAGAAUAAUCAUUACUGAUACUGGAGAAUUUAAAGCAAUUGCUGAUUGGUUACUUGAAACUGAUGGUACUAGUUUAAUGAAAGUAUUAAGUGAACGAGAUGUUGAUCCUGUCAGAACAUUUUCUAAUGAUAUUUGUGAAAUAUUUUCGGUGUUGGGUAUAGAAGCUGUGAGAAAAUCAGUUGAAAAAGAAAUGAACACUGUUUUGCAGUUUUACGGACUGUAUGUAAAUUAUCGGCAUUUAGCUUUGUUAUGUGAUGUCAUGACAGCUAAAGGUCAUUUGAUGGCCAUUACUCGUCAUGGAAUUAACAGACAAGACACUGGUGCAUUAAUGAGAUGUUCAUUUGAAGAAACUGUAGAUGUUUUAUUGGACGCUGCCUCACACGCUGAGGUGGAUCCAAUGAGAGGUGUUUCAGAAAAUAUUAUAAUGGGCCAACUUCCUAGAAUGGGAACAGGUUGUUUUGAUUUAUUAUUGGAUGCUGAAAAAGCUAAAGAUGGUAUAGAAAUACCUAUGGAUGCCGGAUAUAUGGGUAUGGGUGGUGGUGGUAUGUUUAUGGCUGCUGGUACACCUUCCAUGUCACCAGCAAUGACACCAUGGGAUCACAAUACAGCAACUCCAGUUUACCAAAAUAGCUGGUCAUCAAGCAUGACUCCUGGAGGUCCAGGAUUCUCUCCAGCUGGAUCAAGUGAAGCUAGUGGUACUUCUCCAUUCUGGAUGACUAGUGGUGGAACACCUGGUAGUCCAGGUUCACCAGGCAUGGCUACUAGCCCUUACAUUCCAAGCCCAAGUUCAAUGUCACCAAAUUAUACAUAUCCUUCAAGUCCUCAGUUUGGUUCUAUGUCCCCAUCAAUGUCACCAUCUAUGCAAAAUACUCCAAAAUACUCUUCAAUGUCUCCUAAUUAUCAUUAUUCUCCAACAAGUCCUUCAUAUUCUCCUACAAGUCCAUCUUAUUCUCAUACAUCUUAUUCUCCGACUAGCCCUUCUUACAGUCCAACAUCUCCUUCGUACAGCCCUACAUCGCCUUCUUACAGCCCAACAUCGCCUUCAUAUAGUCCUACAUCCCCAUCUUAUAGUCCUACAUCGCCUUCUUAUAGCCCAACAAGCCCAUCUUAUAGCCCUACAUCGCCUUCUUACAGCCCAACAAGUCCUUCAUACAGUCCAACAUCUCCAUCUUACAGUCCAACUUCGCCAUCAUAUAGCCCUACAUCACCUUCAUACAGUCCUAGCUCUCCGCAAUAUACAGCUUCUUCACCAUCAUACACACCAAGUGCUACAUCAGGUCCUAGCAAUUAUAAAUAUUCUCCAACAUCUCCAUCUUUGGCUGUUAGUCCUACAUAUUCUCCGACUAGUCCAACAUAUUCUCCUACAAGUCCAAUGUAUUCUCCUUCAAGUGCAUCAUACAGUCCAUCUUCUCUACAGCAUGCACCUUCAGCAGGAAAUCAAUACAAUCAGUCUUAUAGUCCUAGUUCUCCUGUAUACUCUCCAACAAAUUUUUCAGUUACAAGUCCAAGGUACUCUCCAACAUACUCGCCGACUUCACCUACAUAUUCGCCAACUUCACCAAGUUAUUCACCUACGUCUCCAAAUUAUAGUGGCCCUGAAUAAAUGUCAAAUGUUAUUGAAUAAACAAUUAUUAUUUUAUAAUUUUUUUUUUUUGUUAAAACUUAGUUUAUAAUUUUAUUUUAUAUCUUAACUUUAAAGAAAAGGUAUAUUUCAAUAAUUUUUUAAUAAAAGAUAAAUAAUUGAUAUUUCAAUGUGGCUUAAAAUUAAGAAACACCCCAAUUGUAAAUAAUAUUUAGGCUAUUAAUCAAAUGGUCUAAUUUUUUUUUUAAAUUAUUAUAAGGCACAGCAGAGUAUAUAUUAAUUUUAUUAAAAAAUUAAGUGCUACAUAUAGCUAUGUAAUAAGAAUUGAUUCUUGUUCUGAAGUAUAUACUAUUAAUUAAUCAAAUAAUUGAUGAGAUAUUUUGUUAAUAAUAGUAGAUGGUAAUACUUCCUUAACUUAUUAAUUAAUAACUUAAUUACUUUGUCUGUCCUCUUAAUGGAUUUGUAUAAAUAUUUAGAUGUAGGUAUACUUACAACAAGUUGCCUGCAAUCUUUAGUAAUGCCUACUUUUGAAGGCUUAUCAUGUUGUAUUUAAAUAGUUUUUAAUUAAAAAAUUGUUUAAAGUGUACAAUUUUUAAAUUAACUGAAUUAUUUUUUUAAAUAAAUUUUGUUUUUUUAUUAUUA